UUGCGCUGACAUCGUAUCUCGAUUUCUUCUGUGAAAAACAUGGCCGAAGUUGCUGAAAACGUGGUGGAAACCUUCGAGGAGCCGGCGGCACCUGUGGAAGCCGAGGCGGCCGAGACCAUUCUGGAAACAAAUGUGGUGUCCACCACUGAGCUGCCGGAGAUCAAGCUCUUCGGACGCUGGUCGUGCGACGAUGUGACUGUCAACGACAUCUCGCUGCAGGACUACAUCUCGGUCAAGGAGAAGUUCGCUCGCUACCUUCCCCACUCGGCUGGUCGCUAUGCCGCCAAGCGUUUCCGCAAGGCCCAGUGCCCCAUUGUGGAGCGCCUGACCUGCUCCCUGAUGAUGAAGGGCCGCAACAACGGCAAGAAGCUGAUGGCCUGCCGCAUCGUCAAGCACUCGUUCGAGAUCAUUCAUCUGCUGACUGGCGAGAAUCCUCUGCAGAUCUUGGUGAGCGCCAUCAUCAACUCGGGACCACGUGAGGACUCUACCCGUAUUGGACGUGCCGGUACCGUGCGUCGCCAGGCUGUGGAUGUGUCGCCCCUGCGUCGCGUCAACCAGGCCAUCUGGCUGCUGUGCACUGGAGCUCGUGAGGCUGCCUUCAGGAACAUCAAGACCAUCGCCGAGUGCCUGGCCGAUGAGCUGAUCAACGCCGCCAAGGGUUCUUCCAACUCGUACGCCAUCAAGAAGAAGGAUGAGCUGGAGCGUGUCGCCAAGUCCAACCGUUAAGGAGAGACAGCAACCAACAACCACACAAAAAACAUGCUUCUGUGUCUGUUUUUUUUUUAUACAAAAUAACGCGUGUAAUGCUACACUAAAUUUACAACAAGAAAAUAAACAUGAAAAGAUCCAACCAAUAAACAGUGUAAAAAACUAA